UUCUGACUUGACUUGGAUUUCAAUCGAGCUGGUUUGCUUAUUUCCACAAUGGCGGCUAAAGUACCCAGGAAUUUCAGAUUGCUCGAAGAGCUCGAGAAGGGUGAAAAGGGCUUGGGAGCAGAGUCCUGCUCUUACGGCUUGGCAGAUGGAGAAGAUAUGAUGAUGAGCAACUGGAAUGGAACUAUACUGGGACCUCCUCAUAGUGUCCACGAAAACAGAAUAUACAGUGUCAAUAUCCACUGUGGCCCGGACUAUCCCGACAACCCUCCCACCAUCCAAUUCGUUUCCCGAGUUAACCUGCCAUGCGUUGAUGCCCGAACUGGAAAGGUCGAUCCCACCAAGCUACCCUGCCUGGCUCAGUGGAAGCGCGACUACACCAUGGAGACUAUCCUAGUCGAGCUCAGAAGAUAUAUGGCCCUGCCCCAGCACAAGAAGCUUCCGCAGCCUCCGGAAGGCUCGAACUUCUAGAACGACGGCACCAUGAAUUGUUCGAGAAUUGAAACAGUAUAAUGGUUUGUUUCUGGGUCAUAUUCAUCUGCAUCUUUUUCGUUGGCUUAUUAGAGCGUGUACAGUCUAUGCAUAUCGGGCGGAUAUUGGCGCGGUUCCGUUUGAAGCCUAGUUACAAUUCAUCGGUUUAGAACGUUGCACAGUAUGAUCUUCAUGUC